AUCCUUCCUGUUGUUCUGUAUUACACAGUUCCAAUGGUGCUCCAUGGGCACCAGUGGUUUGCUUCUGAUGUGAGCAAAAGUGGAAUUAAACGGGUGAUAGUCAAAAUUUCAAGGCGACGGCCGUCACCCACCUGCGAAGUGUCGAAAGGACUUCGGACCCGGUUACUCGAGAAGCAAAUGAGCAAUUUCAUCGGCUGUAUUAACCGGGCACAAGUUGCUAAUUCGUGA